AUGGUCAAGGCUGUCGCUGUCCUCCGUGGAGACUCCAACAUCAAGGGUACCGUCACCUUUGAGCAGGCUGAUGAGAACUCCCCUACCACCAUCUCAUGGAACAUCUCCGGCCACGACGCCAAUGCUGAGCGUGGCAUACACGUCCACCAGUUCGGUGACAACACCAACGGCUGCACAUCUGCCGGUCCUCACUUCAACCCUUUCGGAAAGACUCACGGUGCCCCCACUGAUGACGAGCGCCACGUCGGUGACUUGGGUAACUUCAAGACCGAUGGUCAGGGCAAUGCUGUCGGCUCCGUCCAGGACAAGCUCGUCAAGUUGAUUGGCGCUGAGAGCGUUCUCGGACGUACCAUCGUCGUCCACGCCGGUACUGAUGACCUCGGCCGUGGUGGCAACGAGGAGUCCAAGAAGACUGGUAACGCUGGUCCUCGCCCUGCUUGCGGUGUCAUUGGUAUCUCUGCUUAG